AAGAAUAAGAUAAGAAUAGAGUAUUCUGCGAAGAGGCACAAUGAAGAUAAUCAGCUUUAACCUGGAAAAGCGUCUCCAACUUGCAGAGGAUUGUUAGGUUCGAUUCGGCCAUCGUGUCCACUGCCCGCUGAAUUGAUUUACGUCCUCGGUUCCCGUCCAUGUCGAACUAAUGAAACAAGUCGACGUACUUGUUGGCAUCACCGCAGUUUUGUUAAAAAAACAGAGCAAUUGCACUACGAAGCCCUAUCGUCAGUUAGGCCUAGCCACCUUAUACGUCCAAAUAGUAAACAACGAGGGAGAUUUCGAGAUAAUUCAGAUCAUCAUAGUCUGAAGCCCGUCCUCGCUGUUUCGUCAUCCAAAGAAUAAAAAAGUUAGCAGAGUAGGAGUAUCCUAAAUCCGAGACACGAAACGUAUCUUAUCAGAAUGGGUGGUGGAGGAGGAGGAGGGAAGAGCGGAUAGCAAGAAGCUGCGCCCGCGCUUCGCGCCUCCAUCAGUAGCCGUUGAAGCUGGCGUCGCAAGUCGACCCAUUCGGUCAGAGGAGCCACAUCAGUAAAGAUGCUCUGUUCCAUUGCGUUCGAGUCUCAGUCGGCAUUCGAACGUCCAGCCUCAUCAUUCGACGAUAUACUCUGAUUCCGCCAGUGAAAAGCGUGCGACAGCUGCCAUCAUUCCCGCUCAUCCACUGGAAGUCGCCUUGAUCCGAACGAGGAGGUCCAACAGAGCCGAGUUCUUUUAUGGGCAACAUGUGUUUGAACGACAGCAAUAGUGAUUCGUGUUUGAUGACUGAACGCGAGAGUUUGUUUUUGGCCAGCAGCACCGUCAACCCGGAAUUCGAGACGGCGAGCACCGUUGAUUUGUCCAUGUUGCCAAUCGACAUGACUUUCAACGAUGGCCAUGUUGUGUCCAUCACCACUUACAGUGUCCUUCUAAUCAUCUCCGUGUGCGGCAACAUCACCGUUUUGGUUAAUCUGAUUAAACGGCGGCACAUCAGUAAUCCACGUGUCAAUAUUAUGCUUACUCAUCUAGCCAUCGCCGACCUUCUGGUUACAUUGCUGCUCAUGCCCAUCGAGAUAGGAUGGGCUGCUACAGUACAAUGGAAAGCAGGCGAUUUUGCCUGCCGAAUUCUUGCCUUUUUCCGAACAUUCGGAUUGUUUCUUUCUUCGUUUGUCUUGGUCUGCAUCAGCGUUGACAGAUUCGGUGCCAUUUUGCAACCCAUGAAAUUAGAUUACUGGAGACGACGAGGCCGGUUCAUGUUGGCUAUUGCCUGGGCAUGUUCCGUCAUUUGCAGUUUGCCCCAGGUUUUCGUUUUCCGCGUCAAAGCUCAUCCCGAAUACCCUUGGUAUGAACAGUGCGUCACUUUUGAUUCGUUCCCGACCAGAGCUCACGAGAUUUCCUAUGCCGCCUUUGGCAUGCUGAUGAUGUAUGUUCUGCCUCUUGCCGUUUUCGUCUUCACGUACAGCUCCAUUCUGUGCGAGAUCAGUCGGAGGAGCAAGGAAGCAGUUGGACAACAGGAGGGUAUUCGUCGAGUGACAGUCGGGACGCUCGGACGAGCACGCAUCAAAACGGUCAAAAUGACUCUCGUGAUCAUUUCGGUUUUUAUCUUCUGCUGGACGCCAUACAACAUUAUGAGCAUCUGGUUUUGGUGUGAUCGUGAUUCUGCGCUUCAAGUUGACCAGCGUAUCCAAAAAGGCCUUUUCCUUUUCGCGUGUACAAAUUCUUGCUUCAACCCCAUGGUAUACGGUUACUUCUCACGGCGACAGGUUCGCAGAUCUCAUCACGAACUCCAUAGAAAGGUUGUAUAUCAUCCCAGCCGAAUGGCAUCUAGAGGACUUGGUCCCUCGCUCAAAAUAGAUAGUAAUCUGAAAUCUUCCGACGGAGCGGCCAUUGAGCUUUGUUUGCCACAGCAGCACAAAACGGAAGCAAACGUCGAAGAACAACAGUGCCAGGAGUUAUUAGAACCAAUUUUUACCGCUUCUUCCAUCGCCGUAGCUGUUAAAAGAAGUAAUAGUUGGCUGAAUUGUCGAUCGUCACCUACCAUCGUCACGCAUGUUUUUUAAAAACAUUAUUUUUUUCUUUCUGGUUGAAAACAAAAUGUUUACACAAAUGUGUCUUUCGUCGCUGCUCACGUCUUAAACCCCGGUGUACAUAAAAGAUAAUCUCGUCAUUUGAUAACGUUGAAUACACAUAUAAACUCGUA